UCCAGAAAUGAGGGAAAACUGCUCACCCGGAGCAGAUAAUAUCUGUAAGGAAUGAAUAUUUGGGAAAAGUCCCAGUGCUAGUUGAGUGCCAACCAGUCCCCACCUUCUCCGGCUCCCUCCCACUGGUUCCUCCCCUUUCAGCUGCUCUGAUUCUUAUAAAAACUCCACAGCCUUUCACCAGCAGCCUGUAGGAGCCUCUCUCUCCACCGCCGCUGCACAAGACAGUGAGAGCGACCCGGAGACACCAUGAGGAGUCUACUCCUUCUCUCCAUCCUGGCUGCCUUUGCUGUGGCAGCUCUCUGUUAUGAAUCUCAUGAAAGCAUGGAAUCCUAUGAAAUCAAAUCCGAGAACACAGCAAACCUGCAUAUGAGAUCAACAGGGAAGCUUGUGACGACUUCAAACUUUGCGAACGCUAUGCCUUGGUUUAUGGAUACAAUGCUGCCUACAAUCGUUAUUUCCGGCAGCGCCCAGGGGCCAAAUGAGAUUGGAAAAAGUUUCUUUCCAGAGCCUGGUGCCUGGUUUUGUAUUCCCUUGCAGUAGCAUCACUGAACUAUAUAGACACAUACGAAUUGCUUAAUUGUUCCUUAAAUGUUCUUGUCUGGCUGCACUCCUCUUUCCUGCCCCCAGUUGAAAAGUAAUGAAAGUGCAGUGGAGUGAAGGUCAAAGGGAAGUUAAGAUGUGUGAUUAUUCCAUAAUAAACUUCUGGGAGGAUA